AUGCAUCGUUCAAGUGAUUUAACUGAUGAACCAAGCCGUUUCAAACAAUUUGCAUGGGAACAAUGGGAGAAUCAACCGUUUGCUGUUCUUUUCCGUCCUGGUACUUAUGGUCUCGAUCGAUAUGUAGUCAAACGUUAUAUUGAACAAGUUUUAGGACAAUGUGAGCGAUGGAAACAAUUAGCGCCUUAUUUUUCAAAUAUAUCACCAUCACCUCGUGCUUAUACAUUAACUUCCUAUGAAGCUGACUUAAUGCAAAGAAUUCUUGAUUUUCAUCUUAAUAACACAUUACAUAUACGUAUUACAACUUCAAAUGAUCAAUUAGUUGAAUACGAUGAAUUAAUUGAUUUCAUACGUCGUGUUCAAGAUUUUGCUCGUUCAAAUUGUAAUUCAUCGAAUAAUGUUCGUCCAACUCCAGGAAAAAAAACUGCCGUUCCAUCUAUACCAACUAUUCAUUCUUCAUAUGUUUUACCACCAUCAGCUAAAACUAUGAUGCCAUCUUUACCUCCACCAACAAUAAAUAAAACAAGUCCAGUAAAACCAAUAAUUGUUAAACCUCCAAUUGCCCCUAUACAACCAUCAUCGUCAUCAUUAACACAAUCAAAUAAGACUUCUAAUUCAACAACAGCAACAAUCAAUGGUUAUACUUCACAACAACAACCACCAUCCAUUGAUGUAUCAACUCGAUUACCGUCUAAUGUUCAAAUUAAACCUAAUCUUAUAUCCCCACCAAACACUCAUUCAGCAUAUCCUACACCACCAUUAUCAAAUCAAUCUAGUCUUGUUAUUCCACCUGAACUUUGUCCCAAUACAUUAUAUAAUGCUAAAAUUGAUGGUAGUGGUUGGGUACAAAUCAAUAAUGUUUUUCUUCCAUUUAUAACAAAACUUCGUCAACGUCUUGUACCUUAUCAAGUUCUUGUUUCAUGUAAAAUUCUUGAAGCUGAUGAAUUACGUGCCACAUUAACACGUGCAACAUUAGCUGAUAUAACAUUAAUGAAUUGUAUGAUACGUGAAUGUAAAAUAAAUAAUGAAGAAAUACUUGAAAAUGCACCAUUAAUUAAUGUAUAUCAUAUAUUAAUUGGUACAAAAAAUUUAAUUUAUGUUAAAAUUUUACCUAAAGAUAAUCCAACAUCAAAAAUAAAUCGUCAAUAUAAAAGUGUUUUAGCAUUACGUGGUGGUUCAUUAUAUAUAACAUAUCGUACUGUACCAUUUGUUUGUUCAAGUAAUCAUUCAUAUAUACCAUUAAAUGAUGUUUUAAGUAUAUAUCCAUAUUUACAAACACAAUUAAAACCAUUAGCACGUGUACCACGUACCCAUGAAUUAGAUUUUUUACAACUUGUACAAAUGUAUUAUGAUGAAAAAGAAUUACCAUCAGAUACAUUAUUAAUUGAUAUGGAUGAUUUAAAUCAAACACAAAUAAUUCCAUCAAAAAAUAUGACAUUAAUUGAACAUCAUGCUAGAGAAAAAAGUAAACUUGAACAACAAAUUAUUCUAUUAAAUAAUUCAUUAUCAUCAACACAAACAAAUAAACGUAAAAAUCAAGAACCACAUGAUAAUAAUAAUAAUAAUAAUAAUAAUAAUAAUAAACAAUCACAACAAAAAUUAAAAUCAUCAUCAACAAUAACAUCAAAUAAUUAUAAUACACAAUCAACAACAUCUACACCGGCACUUAUACGUCCACCGACAGGUUAUUUUCCUACUCAACAACCACCGGCAUCAUCAUCGUAUACACCACAAUAUCAACAAAAUCAUUGGCUAUCAUCAAAUUAUGACCAACAUGGAAGGACUCGUUGGCAAUAA